AAUUGUUUGUGUUUGUGCAUCUGCCAGAACACUGGAGCAUGAGUAAACAUGAAAGAAGCAGAUUUGUGGAGCAGCUGUUGAAGGACGAGCUUGAGGCUGUGGCUCUGGGACUGGAGCAGGGAGUCUAUGCCUGGGAAGAGAUUGACCUGCCUCAUGAUUCACAGGGCUCCACUCCUCUUAUCAGUGCCUGCAGAACGGGUCUUACUAGGGUUAUGCAUUUCCUUCUGAAAAGAGGAGCCGAUGCUACACUGUGUAACAGUAGCAAUCAGACAGCUCUUCAUGUUAGUCAACCAGCACUCCAGGGGGAGCUGUUGACGGCUAUGAUCAGAGACGUACCCCAUCAGAAGCAGCUCUCACUAGCAGCCUGGAGGGGAGACCUCUGCUGUCUACAGGACCUGAUGGCCCAGGCAGACUUGUUGGAGUUAAAUAAACAGAACAGAGAUGGACUGACCCCACUGAUGCUGGCUGUAAGGGAUGUGGAUCUGUUUGAAGGAUUUGAGACGCCAUGGGAAUAUCAACCUGUGGAAGUGGUGAAGGAACUUAUGUCUUUUCCAGUUGAUAUGAAGAUCCUUGAUGGAAGAGGUCAUACUGCUCUGUGGUACGUCUCUCAGAUCAAGACCACCAAGAAGGAAGAACUCUUCCAUAUAAUGGAUUCUUCAAUGCAAACAGAUUCAGAUGGGAUGAAGAAAGAUUCAGCUGAGAUUAUCAUGGCACAAAAGAAUCAUGCAGAUAUCCACCAAGAUAACAGGAUUUGCGUUGAGGGUUGGAUGGAGCCAAAGAUAGACAUCAGACAAGAUGGCAGAGAUGAGAGGAAGCGAAGCAGUCGGACAUCAUCCUUGCCUAGCCUAUGGAACAACAGAAAAGACUGGGGCAAAAUAAGGUCCUUGCAUCCAUCACUCAGUUUGACUUCUUCCUCAAUACCUGUUCUUCCUGCUGCUCAUGUCACUCAGCUCAGUAAGUCAGCACCAAUGCUAAUGGACCCUCUUCUUCAUGCAAGUGUGCUGCUGCAAGCACGGACUAACAUUCAUAAUAGACUUGGAGGUGUUCACACAGGGGAUGACGAUAGCAGACAAAAGACACUACCUACUCUAUGUUCAAAGUCACCUAAACAUCUUGCUCCGCUGGACAAUAUAUACAGGAAUGGCUCUGCACGUUCAAGUCUUGAGCACCCACUGCUCUUAAAACAAAGUAGCAUCUUGCCCAUCUCAUCACAGUCCAGGAAAAGACUGGAAAGGAUCUCCAGGCCGUCUUCCAGAAGAUCCAGAGGCACCAGAGCAGGCAGUGAAGAGAGCAACUCCUGCAGCAGUAGUAGCCAAGAAGAGGAUGAGACGGUGCCUCAAGAUACACACAAGAUUCAUGUAGGCUUAGAUAAGUCACUGAAUCUGGAACUGGGGACCUAUUUGGAUUUUCAGGACUUUGUCAGUUCAGUAAUACACAAUACUAGAAAAGAUAUAACUUCAGACAACAAGGAAGGCUAUACAUCUAUCAAAUCAUUGACUGUCAGGGAAGUCGAGGAUGAAAUAAGAUGCAAGUCUACUAAAACAACUGAAAACUCAGAAUUUCUGAGUAAGUCCCCAACUAUGGACUGCUGCUCUGUCUCUGAAGAACCCCAAAGCAUAAUCAGACAAACACAACCUAUAGACAGAGGAACCUGUUUUAUUGCAGGUGAGAAGCACCUCGCCACUGUGGAUACUGAUGUAAUAGAACAAACUUCACAUGAAAAGAACAAACCAGUUAAGAUGAUCAAAAUAAAUGACAGUAAAGGCAAAACAUCUAUUCAGACAAAUCAGUCAUUCAAUGUUCUGGCACACAGAAAACAAAGUACUGUUAAAACCACAAGGAAGAGGAUAAAUUCACCAAUUCACUCAAUGGUGCAACUCAGAGAAAGUAAACCCACCAGCCUAGUUAUUGCAGGAGAGUCUAACAACAAAUAUUUGCCAAGAGCACCUUGUAAAAAAACUGCACAUGAAGCCCCAACAGCAAGGGGGGUCUCUGAACCUUUUCAACACAUGAAGUUGAGUGAUGACAAGAAAGUAAGCAGUAAGAGCCAAAACCAACUUCACAGAGAUCUAAGAAGUGCAAAAGCAUCCAAAAAGCCAGUAACAGGACCAGUACAGCGAACAAGGUCUGCCGUGGAUUAUGUCACUUACAACGACAUGUUUCUGAAGAUCAGUCAGGGAGAUGAAGGUCCAGCAAUCUACGAAAUGUUUGCAACUCCGGUUUAUGAAAAUCUUAGAGUAGACAGUUCUGCAGAGAGAACCAGACAGGUCCAUACAGCACUUCAAGUUAAAAGACAAACCAAUGGAAAACUGAAGGGCCAAAAAACAGUGGAGGUUAACCGAAGGAAACAAGUUCAAUCAGAGAGAUCCAGUCGAGCUAAAUGCAGGCAACUCAAGCGGAGGGCUAAUGUUACCAAAGGGAUAAAGAAAAACCCACCUUCUUCAGAGAAUAAAUGCCAUGUCCUUGUAACUUCUGCUUGUGGAGCAGUCCAGCAAAAUAAAUCUGAAAUGCACAUCGAGGGAGAUGGAAGGGAAUUAUCAAGCGCAGAGAGACAACGUACUUCCAUACUAUCAGUGAUUGGGGAAGUACUUUCCAACACUGUAUCCAAAACAAGUCUCAUAAAGGAAAUAAUAUAUCAAGAACAAACUCCAAUUGAUGCAGGUGACAAAAGUGAACCUGAAAUAUCAAAUGAAACCAAAUUGCCAUCGCAGCCUCUUAUCAAUACCUGGACAAGUGACGGAACAGUCUCACCUGUGUACCACAGCUUUCUAGAUGAGGUUGGCGAUGGACCUCUCACAGAUGACCUGCUGAGGUUUUUGGCAGAGGAGUUGAUUUCACUGGAGAGAAGAGAUGUUGAAACACUCAAGACUGAAAAGGAAGAUAGUACAGAGUUCAAAAAUAAUGUGCCUUCAAGAUUUAGAAUUUUUUUAAAUAAGGGUUCAUUCUCAGGUGAACUGCAUUACAUUAAUGGAUCUUGCUCAGAUGAUGCCAUCACAUGGACAAAAGGAGAGGUUCUGGGUAAAGGAGCUUACGGAACAGUGUAUUGUGGGCUAACCAGUCAAGGUCAGCUGAUUGCAGUAAAACAAGUGGCACUUGAUGCUUCAACUUCAGAGAUGGCAGAAAAAGAGUAUGAACGCCUGGAGAGAGAAGUGGAUCUUCUUAAGACCCUUCAUCACACUAACAUUGUUGGUUUCUUGGGCACAGCUCUCUGUGAGAAUACUGUAAGCAUCUUCAUGGAGUAUGUUCCAGGGGGCUCCAUCUCAAACAUAUUGAGCCGGUUUGGACCCUUGCCAGAGAAGGUCUUUGUUCUAUACACUCGACAAAUUCUGGAAGGUGUUGCCUAUCUUCACGCUAACAGGGUCAUCCAUAGAGAUCUGAAGGGGAACAACAUUAUGCUUAUGCCCAACGGAGUGGUCAAGCUAAUCGACUUUGGUUGUGCUCGCCGUCUUAGCUGUCUUCAGACUUCAACCGGAAGUAAGAGUGACCUUCUGAAGUCUGUGCAUGGUACCCCAUACUGGAUGGCACCAGAGGUGAUAAGUGAGACAGGUCAUGGACGAAAAUCAGACAUCUGGAGCAUUGGCUGCACUGUGUAUGAAAUGGCCACAGGAAAGCCACCCCUUGCUCACAUGAACAAGAUGGCAGCCCUCUUUUACAUUGGGGCUCAAAAGGGCUUAAUGCCAUCUCUGACUGAUGACUUCUCUACACAUGCAAAGAGCUUUGUCAAGGCUUGCCUAACCAGAGAUCCAAAGCAACGACCUUCAGCAGAGGAACUGUUAAGACAUCCAUUCAUCUCUCAUCACAGCCAAGCCUGCAAUAGGCCAAUGAACUGAAAACUUAAUUCACCAAAUCAAAAAGUGACUUUUAAAAACAAUGAUACAAAGCAAACUGACAUUGUGAGGCAACAUAAUUUAACAUGGAGAAAAAUUUAAUUUAUAAAAUAACACAGUGAAGAUCUGGAAAUAGUUAUUUGACAGAUGUGCCAAUAAGUUCUUAACGCAAUAAAUGAUCACAUAAAGACUGAGGUUAAGGUAGUGGAAACCAUGGAAUUUAUUAUUAAAUCUAAAUAAAAUUGGGAAAAGACAAAAAAAAAAGUGCCAGGGUUUGCAUUUGCCUUAUCCAACUGCAAUUCAGCGAUCCAAAGUAAAAUGAUGAUUUGUACAAUGCUGGCCUCAUUUACCAAUAUCUUCACACUAAAAAUAAUCAAAAUCAAAAAAUCAAAACCAUUCAUCCAUAUUCAGAAAUAAUGUUACGGGCCUAUGAAAUCCCAGAUCUCUUUGGGUCAGCACUGUGAUAAUGAACUCAAUCUCCUUUUACCCACGUAUGUUUCUGGUAAUUUGUUAAAGAGUUGCACAAAAUAGGCUAUUGCUUCAAACCAAGAAAUAUAUAAAAUGCACUUCACAGCGAAGGUUAUGUAAACUUCAUAGAACUAUACUUAUUGAGGCACAGCCUUUGGCAUCCAGCUUAAGGUCAUCUUGAAUGUCAAAAAAGGUACAAAUUGCAUGGCCCUGACAACAUGCCAGGUAAUUGGCAGGGUGUGGAUUGCCUGCUAGUUCACCCUCUCCUGAUAGCAACAUGGAACACCAGUUCUAGAGCACAUCACUAGAAGGCUGUGCUAGAAUUGCCAAUAUGAUACAUUCUAACACAGAGUCACAAAAUCCCCACCACCCCUAUAUAUAUAUAUAUAUAUAUAUUUUACAAGCAGCUCCAAACCUGAGAAGUUAUGGUACAGCUUAAAACAUACGAGAAUGUAUGUAAAUAUUUGUUCACAAUCAGUAAACAACUAUCUCAUCCCUUUCAUUAUUAACAUGCAGCUCACAUAAAUGGUAUCAGAUGAGGGAAAAGGAAACAAAGAAACAUUCAAGGAACUAUGGAACUUAAAUCUUGAUUCUGCAUUCCUUCUACUAACUUUGUUUAACAAAUGAGAGGAGCGUCAGUCAUUUUAG